AUGAGCCUCGAUGCGAUUCGCCCGAGGGGCCGGCCGGCCCAUACCCCCGGGAUCACGGUUUUGGCGUAUACGCCCAAUGGAAAGAAGGUGGUUACUGGUGGCUCCAACUCUGCCAUUCGAAUCUACUCUGUUGGACAAGAUGGAGAGCCCAUGACGGUUGAUGAGGGCGUUGAGGGCCAUCUGGGGAUCGGUGCUACUAAUGACUCCUUCAUCAUGGGCGCGGAGGAUGGAACAGUCUGGCAGUACAAUCUCGAGUCUGGACGGAUGGACAAGUUACUCGUGCGCUGCGCGCUGCCUGUGCGGGAUAUUGAUGUUUCUAAGGAUGGAGAAUGGGUUGCUGUUGCAAGCGAUGAGCUUACGAUCAAAGUGGUCAAUGUGGAGGACAUGACAAAAGUGAAGUAUCUUCGUGAUCAAGCCAAGGGAGCCAAGCAUGUGACCUUCGAUCCCACCGGACGAUAUGUUCUUGUCUCUUGCACCGACGGUUUCUUGUAUAUCUACUCUAUGCUUGAAGACGAACCACAGCUUCUCAAGAAAUUGGACGGUGUAAUCCGCAAACUUGAAGCAGACAAAGAGGCAACAUCGAGAGCGGUAUGGCACCCGGAUGGUACCGCAUUUGCGACUGCAGAAGCGACAAGAGAUAUCUCCAUCUAUUCGACGGCGGAAUGGCGAAAGGAGAAGGUGUUCUCAGGAGGUCAUACCGGUGACAUUACGACACUCAGCUGGUCGCCAAAUGGUGCCUUGCUUGCGACUGCGGCGACAGAUGGCCAGAUUCUACUCUGGGAAACAAAAUCGCAGACUGUGUUGCAGCGAUAUGAUUUCCCGAGUGUAAUCAAUCUGUCAUGGCAUCCAACCCAAAACUCGCUGUCAUUCACGACACUUGAUGGCGAACUAUUCAUCCACGAUGAUUUUGUGCCGAAGGAAUAUCAGCCACUUCUGGCAAAACCGUUACAGGCCGCCCCGAUCUAUGGUGGAGCGUUGGCGGAGAUGUCCGAGAAUGUUAUGCGUCCAUUGGCAAACCGCCCGAAAGAGCCCAUACCGCCACGAAGAAGAGCAGGGACUCCCGACUCCUUGGAUGACAUUUUGGGGUCUGUCGAUGGCAUGGAUGACUUCGUUGAAGAUGAUGACGGGGCUGGUUAUGCUGAGGGUAUCAAUUCUUUCGGUAAACGCACGAAUGAUCAUCUAGACGACCCUCGCGGUCAUGAUGCCAAAAGAUUGAUGGAAUCGCAAUGGCGACCAAGGGUGCAUCUACCAAUUCAACCGGGCAGUACACCAUGGAAGGGGAGCAGACGUUAUCUCUGCUUGAACCUGACCGGGACUAUCUGGACUGUCGACCAGGAGACACACCACACAGUCACUGUAGAGUUCUACGACCGAGAGCUGCAUCGCGACUUUCAUUUCACAGACCCAUAUCUUUAUGAUAAAGCCUGUCUCAAUGAGCAUGGAAGCCUAUUCUCCAAUAACCCCAAUGAUGGCAGCCCGGCGACUAUCUUUUACCGCCCCCAUGAGACAUGGACUACUAGAGCAGACUGGCGCACACAACUGCCGCAGGGAGAGUUUGUCAAAGCCCUGGCGCUAAGUGAUUCAUAUAUUGUCGCUGUGACAUCGAAAGAUUACGUUCGUAUAUAUACACUGUUUGGAACGCCGUACAAAGUAUACAGACAAAAGAGCCCGGCAGUGACUUGUGCCGCAUGGAGGGACUAUAUCAUGACCAUCGGAAAUGGACCGCUGGGAGGUGACGGCAAGACGACACUGCGCUAUUCUAUCGAGAACGUCAAGCGCGAUGAGAUUCACCAGAACGAAGACGUGGUUGCUAUCUCUGAAGGCACAGAGUUGCAAAGCGUCUUCUUUUCCGACACUGGGGACCCGUGUAUUUAUGAUUCGAAUGGUGUCUUGCUGGUACUUCAACACUGGCGCAUCCAAGGUCAAGCACGCUGGGUGCCUCUCCUCGACACAAGGCAGAUGGACCGACUGGCCACUGGUCGCAAGGAAGAGACGUACUGGCCCGUUGCCAUGGCUCAGGAGAAAUUCCACUGUAUCAUCCUGAAGGGAGGAGAUAGAUAUCCGUACUUUCCUCGCCCUCUACUCAGCGAAUUCGAGUUCAAAAUCCCGAUAUCCACCAAGCCGCCCAAGACGAACGAGGAGGAGGAUGAGACCGCUGAGCGCAAUGAGAUUGCCCGGUUCGAAGAAUCCUUUGUCCGUGGCAAUAUUCUCCUCUCUCUGUACCAGGAUCUCCUGUCAUCGACAAAUGCCACUGCUAGCCAACGGGCAGAGCUGGCUAGAAAGGAGCUCGAGGUCGAUAAACUUCUCCUGCAGAUGCUGGCCGUUGAAUGCCGGGAAGGCGAGGAACGCGGCAUGAAGGCUCUGGAGAUCGUUCAGAUGAUGCGAGACCGCAGCGGCAAGAUGCUCACAGCGGCGGUCAAAGUUGCCCAGAGAUAUGAUCGCAGCGUUCUGGAGGAUAAGAUCAGGGACUUGGUGGAUAAGCGCCUGAUGGGCGAAGAGGAUGAUGAGCUGGCUUGA